UUAGGCCGUCUCCUGUGUAUGUAAUUAAGGACCUUGGAUUCCUUUGUUCAGGCAUCUUGGGUUUGCUAGUGCCAGGCAGAGAUGCUACAUUUGUUGUCUUGUGAUGUGAAUAAGGUGUCCACGUCCACAAGACAUCAACUCAUUGGGAUAAAGCGGCGUGAUACUGGAUUGGCUCCACCAAGGCAGUGGGAUCUCGUGCCUGAUAAACAGAUGAUGCUAGAGGAGCAACCAUUGCAGUGUGAUGCAGGACAGGAAGAAAUUCAAAUAGUAACAAGAGGCUUGGGCACAAAGAUCCAGGACGAUAUAUAUGCUCUAUGUAUGCAAAUCUACCUAGCGAGCUUGAAACGAAGAUUUUUGAGACAAAGAGAGGGAUAAAUUUAAACCCUAUAUGAUCAAGGCACAAAGAUCCAGAAGUAGAAAUGUGCCAAAGCUGGGGCGUCCCAUGGUCCCUAGCGAGCUAGGAUGCCCACGAAAUGAAUCUGAGGGUGCGAAUAGCUCAGCUCGGGCAGAUAAAAUGUUGUAAUGUCCAGACUAGAGCAGCAGCACAAGAUGAAGUGUAAUUGUAAUACGGAAUUACUUGUCACAAAAAUGGAUGUAUCAAUCUGCAACUAAAAUACAUCUAGAUACAUUCAUUUCUUGACGAGUAAUUCCGAACGGGGAGGGAGUACUAGACUAGAGCAGCUCCUUGCUAUCCUGACACUCUGUUUUUAGUGGCCUUGCCCAAAACUGAAGGAAUGCUUCGAGUGUAUGCAAUAGGAGGAAAUGCAGCAGCAGCAAAACAAACAAAAUUGGAUUACCUCGGUCUUCACUCCAUUUUGAGGUGGUUGAUGUCUCUGGCCCUGCAGAGCAGACAUGAUGGAUUGUUUGAUUUAGUGAAGAAAUAAAUACUCUGAGAUUAGAUUA